AUGAAUUCUGUUCAGAAAAUGCUAAGUGAAAAAGGAAAAUUAAUUUUUAUAGUUCAUAAAUUCAAGUUUAGUUUUCAUAAACUCCUCCAAAAUGGCCAACAUCGGUAUAAAUGUACUAAAAGAGGAUGCACUGACAAUUUAAAAGUAUUGGAAAAUGAAGAUAUCGUGUGGACAUCAUCCAAUCUAGAACAUAAACAUGAGGCGGACGAAGAAAAUAAAAUUGAACGUCAAAUAAUAAGCAAUAAUUUGAAACGUAAGGCCACUGAAAAUUUGUGUGAACGCCCUUCCAAGUUAUUACAUUCAUAUUUACGGGAGAAUAAUACAAAUGCAAUUACAACCAAAGAUGUAACAUAUAUAAAACACAAUAUAUUUCAAGCUCGAGCAUCUUUACGACCAAAUUUGCCUCGUAGUAGACAAGAGGUGCAUGAUAUUUUGAAAGAUAUGGACGUAAAAACAUAUGAAGGUAAUACAUUUUUGCAAGUUAAUAAUGCAGAAAAGGGGAUUUUAUUAUUUAGCACGGAAGACAAUUUAGAAUUUUUAAGUAAAUCAACUACAUUUUACGUUGAUGGAACAUUUUCGUACUGUACACAGUUUUUUUACCAAUUUUUCACAAUUCAUGUAAUAAAAAACAAUCAUUAUGUACCUUUAGUUUUCACUUUACUCAAAGACAAAAAACAAGAAUCUUAUGCAGAUAUUUUUCGAAUUAUUGAUAACUAUUGUUUAACUUAUAAUAAUGAGUUUAAUUUAGAAAGUAUUUAUGUUGACUUUGAAACAGGGGUGUCAUUUCAACUUUUCAAUAGGGAUGCAAACAUUUGA